CUGGCCACGCGGCGCGUGUUCUGACAGCGUCCCUGUGACAGCUGUCACCUCGCAUCAAGCGAGUUCCCGGCCUGGCUGUACCAGCAGAACGUGUCGCUGCUCAGCCUGGUGCCGCCCCCCAUGGCCCCCGCCGUGCUGCCGCACUGGUACCAGUUCCCGGCCCCGCAGCCCGGCUGGCACACCGCCAUCGGCGUGAUGUACAUCAUCAUCGGCGUGCUGGCCACGACAGGCAACUCGGUGGCCCUCUGCAUGUUCACCACUAUCGCGUCGCUGCGCACCCGCUCCAACCACCUGAUGACGAGCCUGGCCAUCAGCGACUUGGGCAUGACGCUCACUCAGGUGCCGCUGCUGGUGGCCAACAGCUUCAGCCACCGCUGGGUGGCCCCCACUUGGGCGUGCCAGGUGUACGGCUUCUGCGGCGGCCUGUUCGGCACCGCGUCCAUCAUGAGCCUGGCAAUGAUCGCCUCGGAGCGGAGGUCGGUGCUCGGUAAAGUACCCGAUUGUGCGCUGGGCCUGCGCGUCACCGGCCCCCGCAUCAUCUUCGUCUGGGUAUUCUCGGCCAUAUGGAUGAGCCUGCCGUUCUUCGGUGUCAGUCGUUUCGUGACGGAGGGCUUUAUGACGAGUUGCACCUUCGACUACAUAUCAACAGACAUCGUGACACGGGUCUACAUCGGCCUCUCCAUCGUCCUCUGCUACGUGGUGCCACUGUUCGUCAUCAUCAGGUGCUACUGCGGCAUAUACAAGAUGCUGAGUCAGCUGCCGGAAAUAGCUGUUCACACCAAAUUUGGUCUGCCAAUCAAGACGAUCCGAGAGAGUCUGCUGCGCAAAAAGGAGACGCAGCUGACCAGGACCAUCAUGAUCCUGGUUGUCGCGUGGUGCCUCUCGUGGACCCCGUACACAGUUGUGGUGAUCUUGGGCAUGACGGGCAGUCGCCGGCUGACGCCCUUCGUCUCAGUCAGCUGCGCUAUUUUUGCCAAGACCUCGGCCGUGUACAACCCCUUCAUCUACGGCCUGGCCCACCAAAAGUUCCGCAAGGCUCUAAAGAAAAAGUUCGGUUCCUGGUCAAAGGCCUGGACGCCGGCACGUACGUCAUCCAACUCCGUGAGGACAAGGGACUCGUCCGGGCUGGAGCUGCGCGUGAUGCGCCGCUCGUCGGUAACGAUUCGACGAGGUCGCCUGUGUCAGAACUGCUCACCGGCGGUGUCUGGCGCCGGCCCGGCCCGGCCCAUCUACGCCAAGAACGCCGAGAUCUUCUUCUAG